AUGUGGCGGGGCGCGGCCGCGGCGCUGCUGUGCCUGGCCGCCGCCUGCCUCCUGGGCCCCGGGUUCGAGCCCCGCGCCCGCCUGCUCAGCGCCGCCGAGCUGCGCCGCUACCGGGGGGCGCCGGGCGAGCCCGGGCUCUACCUCGCCCUGCUGGGACGGGUCUUCGAUGUGGAGCGGGGCCGCAAGCACUACGGGCCCGGCGGCGCGUACAGCGGGUUCGCAGGCAGAGAUGCCACCCGAGCGUUUGCCAGCGGCGAUUUCAGCCCGGCGGGGCUGGUGGACUCCGUGUCGGGGCUGUCACCCGCGGAGCUGCUCUCCAUCCACAGCUGGCUGAGCUUCUACAGCGACAACUACGAGCCCGUGGGGAAGCUGGUGGGCAGAUUCUAUGAUGAAAAUGGGGCACCAACAGAAGCCCUGAGGGAGGUGGAGGCUGCCAUUGAGGAAGCUCUCAAAUUGCAAGCAGAAAGUGAUCAGAAGGAGCAGCAGUUCCCACCCUGCAACUCUGAAUGGAGCUCUGCUAAAGGCACUCGGUUCUGGUGCUCCACAGAGAGCGGGGGCGUGCCCAGAGCCUGGGCCGGGGUCCCGCGGAGGCUGCACCGCCCCGGCUCGCAGGGCACGCCCUGCGUGUGUGUCAGGAGCUCCGGGCCGCCCUGGGGCCAGCCUGGCUCCUCCCAGCACAGCGACAGAGGCGACCUGGAUGACCCUCGGCUGCAGCAGUACGAGGGCUGCCAUCCCCUGGCCGAGCAGUGUGUCCUCCUCACGGGCUGAUCCAGGGCAGGGAGAGCCCUGCAGGGAAACCUUGCACUGGGGGUGGGCAGCUCCAGCUCCAUCCCUUCCACCUGUCCCUGCAAAGGGAGCAGGAACAAUCUCAUGGUAUUUGUGAUGCUUUUUAACAUAUGGAGGAAACACUUCAGCCUGCUCAGUGGCUAAAAAAUCAA